CCCGGACCCCCGCCGGCGCCGCCCGCGAUGCUCCGCGCCGCCAUCUCGCGCCUCGGCGCCCACCUGCACCGCCAGCCCUCCCCGGCGACCCCUCCCCUCCGCGCGCUCUCCACCGGCCGCGGCAAGCGGUCGUCCCCUACCGCGCCGCCCCCCGAGCCCGAGGACGAGGGCCUCAUGCGCGGCCUCUUCGUGCUCUCCCGCGACCCCGCGCACCCGCCGCGCCUGCUGGUGGUGCAGCCGCGCCUCCGCCGUGGCGCCCUCCUCGACUCCAAGCUCUCCGAGGCGCUCAACCUCGCCAGCUCCCUCGAGGAGUCCCGCGACGGCUUCGAGCACGCCGAGUCCGCCGCCAAGGGCGCGCCACCGCACCUCGUCGUCCAGAACCCAGCCUCCCGCGGCCGCAACCAUGCCGAUACGUAUUUUGGACCUGGAACUGUGGAUAAUAUCAAGUGUUACCUGAGGGCAUUGGACGAAAAGGAAGAAUUAGAUGCAGUUUUUGUUAAUACACUCCUCUCUGGGGUCCAACAGAGGAACUUGGAGGUUGCCUGGGGAAAGCCAGUUUUAGAUCGUGUGGGCCUUAUAAUUGAGAUAUUCAAUGCUCAUGCUGAAACAAAGGAAGCAAAGCUACAGUCAGAGUUAGCAGCUCUCAUGUACAUGAAGACUAGGCUUGUCCGUGUCCGCGGUCCAGGUGGAAAACUAGCUUUUGGUGCAAGUGGGGAAGCUGAAGUUGUCAGUGCCCGAGGGAGAGGAAGUGGCGGACGGGGUUUCAUGAGUGGUGCUGGUGAAACGGAACUUCAACUACAACGCAGGAGAAUCCAGGAACGUCGGCUAAGCUUGUUAGCUCAAAUUGAAGACGUACGCCGAACUAGGGCGAUACAACGUUCGAGUCGAAAGAGGCAUGGUGGCUCAUUUGGUCAAGACCUUGUAACUGUGGCAGUCGUCGGAUAUACAAAUGCUGGAAAAUCUACUCUAGUGAGUGCACUUUCUGGAGCUGGUCUAUACAGUGAUGAUAGAUUAUUUGCAACAGUAGAUCCUCGAUUACGCAGUGUGAUUCUUCCAUCAGGGAGAAAAAUACUUCUCAGUGAUACCGUUGGCUUCAUAUCAGAUUUGCCUGUACAGCUAGUGGAAGCAUUUCAUGCCACCCUGGAAGAAGUUGCUGAGGCAGACAUGUUAGUGCAUGUGUUGGAUUCUAGCGCACCUGAUAUUGAAGAGCAUCGUUCUACUGUUCUACAAGUACUGCAGCAAAUUGGUGUUUCACAGGAUAAGAUCAACAAUAUGAUCGAAGUUUGGAAUAAGAUUGAUCUUGUGGAUAAUAUUGCUUUGACUGAUGGGAUUGAAGACGAGAUCUUCCUCACUGAAGGUGAAGAGGAGGAAGACUUGUUCUCUGAAGAUGAUGUGUCAUCAGAGCAGUCGUCUUUUGAUUCCUUGGAUGAUACAGUGGAUUCAGAGUCUCUAUCAGAAAAAAGUUGUGAAAAUGAUGAUUUAAUGGCAUCUAAAGAAUCGAUUGCUGAGCCUAUCGAGAUGAAAGCAGUGAACUCUGAACUGUUACCGGAAGAUUGUUUUAGAGAGUCUAAUCGCCCGGAAGCUAUAAGUACAAGUGGUUGCACUUUGACAGAGCCAGUAUCCACUUGUCACGUGAAAACUUCAGCUGUGGCUGGGACAGGAUUGCAAGAGCUGCUGCAGUUAAUUGAUACAAAACUGAAUGGACAGCAAACGGUUGUGCAGAGAAGCUAUGGACCUUUUGAUAGAAAAUGGAGACCUAGUUCUAUGGAUGACGAGAAGGCUGCAGAACAGUAGAGUUGUGCAGGAUCCAAGGAAUCAUUCUACUUCAUGCUGAAAAUUUGGAUUCCUAUGAGAUUUAUGUGUUUUGAACAUAAUAUAAAGCCAAUCUAUGAGGAGUGGUGUCUUGCCUCAUGGGAGCAUGUGCUCCACUAAUUUUGAUAUUUUGCUCCGUGAAAUCUUAAAGCUUGCAAAAGUACUCAUGCAUGUUCCAAGAGACACGUCUUUUUCCACGUGGGUGUACACAUUUCAUUUUCCAGCACAACCCACCAUUACAAUGUACCUAUGCAACCUGGUCAGUUGACGCACCAAGUCAACACAAAGAAUGUCAAACUCAGAUUUAUUCUCUAUUAAGAGCAACAACCAAUGAAGAAUACUACUCCAAGUUUAGCCA